GGCUAAUCUAUUUUAAUACAAGCGCCAAUAUCACAUGACGCUCCCGAAAAUUUGUAUUUCUUCAGAACCCUUCUCAUCCUCUUCUUCUCUCCUUACAUAAAACACAAUCCUUCAUAUUCACUCUGGCUUAUGCCCAACAAUGGCAAGUUCUUGGAGGGGAAAAUGGAGGAGAGAGGAGAAUCUAUCGUUGAUACUUACCCUGCGGCCUGUGGCAUGAGAAUGCGUUGGGCACGGAGAAAUAUUUUACGACGGGACAUACACCAUUUGGACAAGUGGACAAGUGAUGCUGCGACUUAGGAUAUAAAGGGUAAGCAUCUUGACCGUCAGAAGAGACUGGUCGAAUGACUGGAGGAGGAUGGUACGUCGCCGCUUUGAGCUUGAUGGAUGUGGGUUUCUUUGAGAUAUUUUCAUACCAUUGCUUUGUUCUAUAUGUGCACUUGUUUAGCAUUGAUUCACUGUUUUUGAAUAAUAACAACCGAACCAAAUGGGUAUUUCUUCAGGAUCAAUUCCUCCUUCGAUGCCUUCUCUCAGUCCAUGCGUGACUAUCUAGCAUUCGCAUUCGACUUUGAUAUCUGUUCUACCAUCCAGCAAGCCUGCCCUUAUCAUGAUGUCCUCCUGCGGGCACGGCACAACCUUCUACUUCCUCCCACCAACCCUCGAUUUCCUGGAAGAGAACUACCCGUAUCUUCCCCACGACACAACAAUCGACCGGUCUCUCCUCCGCUGUCAGUUCUGCGACCUCCUCGACACACAAUACGCUGCCAACGUCGCAGAAACCGGACCUCCGAAUCUAGAAAAAGAAUCCGAUAUCGAAAAUCGGAUUUCGGAUCUUAGACACGCUAUCACGGAAGGUAUCAAGACGGUUACCGAGAAUACUCUACCGAAGUUGCAGAGGAAGUUGAGUGCCGUUGUGAGGGCUACUGAUGAGCGAAUUAUAGAGGUUUGGAUGAAGUAUUGGGCUGUUUGGGGGCCGAAAGAUGGGCCGGACAGAGGGGAUGAGGAUCUCAAAGAGCAAGAAGAGGAGGAUUUCGAGAUCGAAUUUCCUCCUGCUGAAGAGAUAAGUCCUGAACCUGUCCCAGAGCAGGUACCUCCGAAAAGGAAAUCUACAGAGAAAGCGAGUUCAAUGAAGACUGCUACAGAGAAAUUGUUUCCGACGAGAAAUUUUGCGGACAGGUCGGCUCCAAAGAGAACUGCUAAGGAAAGGGUUCCUGUAAAAAGGACUGCUUCGAAGAAGGCUGCGCGGGGAGAGGCCGCUCCAAAGGUGGACAGGAAGCGAAAAGAAGCUCACAUGGUCGACCCUCCAUCAGCUGGAACUACUGUCAAGCAAGGUCGUCCUGUUAAGAGACGUAAGAAAUAAGCACCGCCGUUGCUCUGAACUUUAUCGACGAGUUGUAGUGGCUCGGUGACCUAAACACAGUCAUCCUCGAAAACACUCAUCACUCGUCACUCAUAUUCACCUUUGAAAGUAUAUACAAUAGAAAAUCUCUAAAAUUCUCAUCAUUAUAUGCACGCUAUGAUAUCUAUGACUUCUAGCAUACUCGAGCCGAUUCCUCAUAAUGAACACUUCUCCCAAACAGUGAUUCCGAGGUUCUCCUCAUCCAACCAGUCCAGUGACAAACAAGCGAAGCGAUCCGCCUUGCCUCUA